GCCAGGCGCAGAAGAUCCACCUAGACCCGUGGUUGGCAAAUUGCGGCUCACAAGCCACAUGCGGCUCUUUGGCCCCUUGAGUGUGGCUCUUCCACAAAAUACCACGGCCUGGAUAACGGAGCUCCCAUUGCUGCAACUGCUAAGACGGAAAAUCCUGGGGUGUUGGGGAGUACUCACUCCUUUAUCCUGCUCAACUACGCCACCUGCUGGGUACAAGUCCCUCUGCCAGGGACUAGACCUUCUUGGACACCGGGGAUUAGGUGGAGAAGAUAUGAGAAGUCUGUACCACUGGGCGGAGAUGCGGACCAAGAUGCGCCUCCUGGGCUUCAACGCCCAGGCCGUGAAGCCGCUGAACGAGGAGACGGCCGCGGAGCUGGGCGCCGAGCUGCUGGGCGAGACCACCAUCUUCGUGGUGGCCUGCGGCUGCCUGAUGCUGGAGUACUGGCGCCAGAAGACGCAGCAGCGCCGCAAGGAGCAGCAGCGGCGCGCCGCCUGGGGCGAGAUGCGGGACGAGGUGGAGCACCUGGCGCUGGCGCUGGAGCUGCUGCACACGCAGGUGCAGGCGGCGCCGAAGCAGAGCGCCCUCGAGGAGCUGCGGGCGGAGAUACAAGAUCUGCGCGCCCACAUCGGCACCCGGGACCGGGACGCGCCGACUGCGCCCAAGGCAGAGCCGGAGCCCGAGGAGGAGCCCAUGCCCGACCCCGAGAACUAGGAGGCCGCCAGGCCCUGGUCUUGGACGUGACUCUCACGAUGUGGCCUUCUGUCCGCCCUGUCCCUUCCUGAACGGGUCCAGCUAA